AUGGAUGAGAUCACAAGGGAUAUACAAGGAGAUAUCCCAUGGUGUAUGCUCUUUGAGGAUGAUGUAGUGCUAGUUGACGAUAGUCGGACGGGGGUAAAUAGGAGGUUAGAGCUAUGGAGACAAACCUUGGAAUCGAAAGGGUUUAGGAUUAGUAGAACUAAAAACGAGUACAUGAUGUGUGGUUUUAGUACUACUAUAGGUGUGAGGAGGAGGAGGUUAGCCUUGAUGGCCAGGUGGUACCUCAGAAGGACACCUUUCUAUACUUGGGGUCAAUGCUGCACGAGGAUUGGGGUAUUGAUGAAGAUGUGA